GCGAUGCACAUGACAGUGGUUGGAUCGGUCUUUGCCGUCAUUUUGGCGACAUUUGUUCCUUCAGAUGACUGGUGCAACAACCGGGUGCGCAUUCCCAUCCAAAUGCCUGAUGCCCAACUUGUGGUUGCUGAGGACACUGAGGAGGAUGAAGAAUUCAAAUUU